AUGUCUUCGAUGAUCACGACCACGGCCUGGGUGCGACGAGGUGUCGCUGCCCAGUUCCCUACCAAAUAUGAGAUCGACGAGGAGGAGAUGGGCCGGAUAUCCAAGCUUGCCCGCAUGCAGCUUGAAGAGGCCCAGGACGACCUGAGUGCCGCCAAAGCGGGCAAAAUGGACGAUGGCGAGGAUGAUUCUGCCAUGGAAGAAGACAAUAAGGAGGCGGACGCUAUGGAUGAGGAGAGUGAGAAGAAACCUUCCAAGGAGGGCGAUGAUACCAAGUCGACAGACGACGACGACGUUUUGAAGGAGUUCGAUAUGGACCACUACGAUAGCGAUGAUAUUGACGAGGAUGGCGAAAAGGUCACCCGGUUCGGCAACGUGCAGUCGCUGGCCUACCACCAGCCCAACGAGGCGGACCCGUACCUGGUCAUUCCUGAAGACGAGGAAGAUGAGGACCGCGAAGAGCUCCAGAUCCUGCCUACGGAUAACCUCCUUUUGGCUGGAAAGGUCGAGGACGAGGUCGCCCAUCUCGAGGUCUAUGUCUACGAGGACCGCGCGGACAACCUCUACGUGCACCACGACAUCAUGCUUCCCGGCAUUCCGUUGUGCGUGGAAUGGCUCGACAUUCCCGUUGGCAAGGGCAGCGAGGAUCGGAAAACAGGAAACUUUGUGGCUAUUGGAACAAUGGAGCCCGACAUUGAGAUCUGGGACCUGGAUGUUGUGGACAGCAUGUACCCGAACGCCAUUCUGGGACAGGGCGGCCAAGAUGCCGGCGAUGGGGCGCAGGCCAAGAAGAAGUCAAAGAAGAAGAAGUCCAAGGCGAACGACGAGUAUCACAUUGACGCAGUGCUGGCACUGGCAGCCAACCGUCAACACCGCAACCUGCUCGCAUCCGCGUCCGCAGAUCGCACUGUCAAGCUGUGGGAUCUGAAUACCACUAGCUGUGCUAAGUCUUACUCGCACCACACCGACAAGCUGACAUGCGUGCCCCCCGACUCCACUGCCCGUUGGGGCGUUGAUACCGACGUUGAGAGCGUGCGCUGGGACCCGCACGAUCCCAACUACUUCUAUGUCACCACCGACGGCGGCAUGGUGUACCGCUUCGACAUCCGCAAUGUUCCCGCCACUCCGGCCGAGUCCAAGCCCGCCUGGUCGCUGCAGGCCCACGAUUCUUCCGUCUCGUCCUUCGAUAUUAACCGCACUAUCCCUGGCUUCCUAGUCACUGGUUCCACGGACAAGGAGGUCAAGCUGUGGAACGUCGAAAACGACAAGCCCAGCCUGGUUGUCACCCGCAAGCUGGAUGUCGGCAAGGUCUUCUCGACCGCCUUUGCCCCUGACGCCGAGGUCAGCUUCCGCUUGGCUGUUGCCGGUAGCAAGGGUACCGUGCAAAUCUGGGACGCUUCGACCAAUGGAGCUGUGCGCCGCGCUUUCGUCUCGCGCAUGCCCGAUCUGGCUGGUGAUGUGCCUGAGCGCCUUAUUGGCGUCGGUGCUGACGAUGAAGAGUCCGACGAUGAGGGCGCUGAGGAAGGUGGUGAGACAGGCCAGGCUGACGGUCCCGAUGGCUGGGAGUCGAUGGAUGAGGAUUAG